AUGUCUGCGUUACGGAUGCAACACUACGCUACGUAUUUGCAAAGCUUCGAUUAUGAAAUCCGGUUCCGCAAAUCUGCCAACCACGCGAAUGCUGAUUCCAUGUCGAGAUUUCCGCUGGAUAUUUCUGAUCCUGAGAACGAGAUUGAAGAAUCUGAUGCUGUGGAGCUGAGUCAAAUCGACACUCUACCGUUGACGGCUGCUGAGUUGGGCCAAGUUACUGCUGAGGAUCAUACAGUGCAGAAAUUAAUCCAAGGAAUCAAGCACGGUCAAUCGGUGGAAGCGAAGGAUCGUUUCGGUGUGGAACAACACGAGUUCGCCCUUCAAAAAGGAUGCUUGCUUCGAGGAAUUCGAGUGUACGUGCCUGCCCCUCUCCAGAAACGCGUUCUGGAGGAAUUGCAUUCUACUCACUUCGGAACAACCCGUACGAAGUCGCUGGCAAGAGGAUACUGCUGGUGGCCUGGUUUGGACCGGGAUAUAGAGGAUAUGGUAGCCAACUGUGCCGACUGCCAGUCGGUACGUGCCGAGCCGGCGAAGAUGAACCUUCAUUGCUGGGAAACACCAACAGCCCCUUUUCAGAGGGUUCAUGUCGACUUUGCUGGUCCCUAUUUGGAUACCUACUUCUUCAUCUACGUGGACGCCUACAGCAAGUGGCCAGAGGUCCAGAUAUGCAGGUCCAUCACGGCCGAAAGUACCGUCAAUAUGUGUCGCGAGAUCUUCAGCAAGUUUGGCAUUCCCUCAGUUCUGGUGAGCGACCAUGGCGUCCAAUUUACAUCGGAGGGUUUUCAACAGUUCCUGAAGACAAACGGUGUAGUGCACAAGAUGGGUGCUCCGUACCAUCCAGCAACGAAUGGUCAAGCGGAGCGGUACGUUCAAACCAUCAAACAGAAGUUGAAGGCGUUAAAGUGCACCAAGUCUCAGCUGAACCUGGAGUUGUGUAACAUCCUGCUCACAUACCGCAAAAUGAUUCACCCGUCAACAGGAAAGUCACCAUCAAUGCUCGUGUUCGGUCGACAGAUUCGAUCGAGGCUCGACCUGCUACUACCGAAAAACGAAACUUCAAGCAAGGCGGACAUUGUCGUGCGCCAAUUCUUGGAUGGUGACAGAGUUCGUGUUCGAGAUUUCCUGUCCAAAGAUAAGUGGAAGUUUGGAAGAAUAGCCGAGAAGCUGGGUAAGCUGCGAUAUGCUGUACGUCUCGACGAUGGGCGAAUCUGGGAGCGCCACAUUGACCACAUAGUCGGUGUGGGCGCCGAUCUACAAGACGUUUCGGUGGACACUCCAAGGGAGGAGGAGUUCAUUGAACGGUACGAGCCAACCACAUCCGCUGUUCCUGCAGUGGAUCCUGCUGCGGCUGCAGCGGUUCCCGCUGCCGCUAUUCCAGAAGGAGAGGCUGCUGGUACGACACCGGUGGUUUCCAAACGUAAUGCGGUCACGACGUCUACGCUUCCUUCCAGCCCGGAGCGUUCGACGUCCACCAAGGAUAGUCGAUCAGCCGUUUUGGAGUCUACGACACCGCUGCGACGAUCAUCUCGCAUUAUUAAACCUCCCCAUAGAUUGAAUUUGUAG